AUGGAUGCAACUGAUGAAGUGUUGAAACUGCUCGGCGGCCAAAAACUUGUUCUGGGCAAGUCCGAGGCAGAGGAGCAGACCCCGUCCGAGGCAGAGCAACAUGGUGAAUCUAAGCAGCUAGAAGUAGUAGCAAUUCACGGAAUGCUUGGACUAGGAAAGACGACACUUGCAAAAAAGGUCUUGAAUGACCCAAGAAUUGAGUAUCAUUUUUUCACUCGGAUAUUCGUCCCUGUUUCAAAUGUAUACAACAAGCAAGAAGUGCUUUUUAGUAUACUAAGUGCCUUCACCAAGAACAUUAAGGAUCAAAACCUGUCGAUGAAAGAAUUAGAAGACAAGGUCAAAGAGACCUUGAAGAAAAAGUAUUUGAUUGUGAUCGAUGAUGUUUGGGCCACCGAAGCAUGGGACGAUCUCAAGAAAGUUUUUCCAGACAACAACAAGGGCAGUAGGGUGCUGAUAACUACCCGGCUCGAGCCUGUGGCCAACUCUGUUACAACAAAGACUGAACCCUAUAAGUUGCGAUUUAUGAAUGAAGAUGAAGCUGAAGAAUUGCUGAGGACUAAGGUUUUCAAGGACAACAAAUGUCCAAAGGAACUGCUGUCCCUUGAACAGAAAAUUCUGGCUAAAUGUAAAGGGCUACCGCUAGCAAUAGUGGUAACAGCAGGUAUUCUUAGGAAUCAUCCAAGAGAUCCAAAGUGGUGGGAUGAUGUGCUUCAUGGUGUAGCUGAGUUAGUGGGUGAUGGCCAAAAGAUAAUAGAUGACGUGAUAAGACGGAGUUAUGAUAACUUGAAUCCAAUACUCAAAUCGUGUUUUCUCUACCUUGGUGUCUUCCCUGAAGACUUGGAGAUCCAGGCCUCAAAAUUGUUGCAACUGUGGAUCGCUGAAGGGUUCAUACCCAAAUCUGAGAAAGCAAGCAUGGAGAAGAUAUCUGAGGCAUGUUUGAGGGAAUUGGUUGGCAGGAAUCUAGUGAUGGUGGAACAGAGAACUUUAAGUGGUCAGAUUAAGACUUGUCGCAUUCAUGACACGCUGCGUGACUUUUGCAAGAAGAUAGCCAAAGAAGAAUGUCUAUUCCAAGAAACUCACGUGGGUACCAGUUCAUCAUCUUCUGCCCGUCGCGUUGCCUGCAAAAACUCUCACUUAUCUCAAUACGUUUGCAAAAAGCAGCCUGCUGAGAAUGCACGCUCAUUCUUGAGCUUUGGCCAGGAUGAAAUUAAGCUGGAUCCAAAUCUCAGCCCAGAUGACGUAUUUAAGCGCUUCAAACUAAUGCGGGUGUUGGAUAUUUUAUCUGUCAAGCUGCCUACUGUACGUCUUCCCAGAAAACUGUCUGACCUUGUUCUCUUAAAGUUCAUUGCCAUCAACUGCGAGGUCGAGAUUCUUCCCAAGACCAUGUCAAGGCUACUUAACUUGCAAACUCUUAUAGUCCACACAGGGUCCCCAACCCUUGAUAUACAAGCAGACAUUUGGGCAAUGACAAAGCUAAGGCAUCUGAUUACUAAUUCCUCCACAUCCUUGCCUAGAUGUCAGGAGCAAUCCACAACCAGCGAAAACCUACAAACUCUAUCUAUAGUUUCACCUGAAAGCCUUACCGAUGAAGUGCUUAAAAGAGCUACAAAUCUCAAGAAGCUUGGUAUAUCUGGGAAUUUAGGCACUCUUAUGAAGGCCAACGGUGAGUCUAAUUUGUUUGACCAUCUCUGCGAACUAAACUCCCUCGAAAGGUUGAAGUUGUGUGGUGAUGAUGUGAAUUCCAAGCUGCUUGCCCUUCCUCAACCACACAAAUUCCCGAAAAGGCUAACAAAGCUGAGUUUGCAAAACACAAGCCUAGGUUGGGAUCAAAUGUCUAUACUUGGAAAGCUUCGGUAUCUGGAGGUUCUCAAGUUGAAGGACAAUGCUUUUACGGGAGAGGAUUGGCAGACAGAAGAAGGGGGGUUUCGCUCUCUAAAGGUUUUGUUCAUUGGAGCUACUGAUUUGAAGUGUUGGGAGGCUCAAGCCAAUGAUUUCCCAGAGCUAAGACGCCUUAUCCUCAGGCAAUGCAAACAACUUCUGCGAAUCCCACCUGACUUUGUAGACAUGAAGAAGCUCGAGGCUAUUCACCUAGAACAUACCACAGGUUCAGCAAUUUCAUCAGCUAGGAGAAUUAGGCAAUUACAGACAGAUAUGCUUCAACGUCAAAAUUUAAAUGAUAAGAAAAAUACCCCAAUUAGGAUCAGUGUCUAUCCUCCAGAAUACUGAUCGACAAGUAAAAUAUGCUAUGCAGGUUCUUGUUUGACAGGUAUUCAUGCUCACUAGAUUUCUGUCUUCUGUUCGCUUGAGUAAAGUGGGAGAGCUCCAUGCUUUCUUCUUCUUCCUGCCUCAUGAACACCUUCUGCUUGGCUCGGGGCCAACAAAUUUCAGUUGCUAUUACCUCAUUGGGUGAUUUUCAUUUUGAGUAUCUUUGGUUAAUGCUAAAUGUUCUUUUCAGCAAGUUUAUUGCGGUGAAAAUAAAAGCCAUAGGUCUCCUGGCCAAUUUAGUUCCGCAAAAACAAGGUGAAAAGGUAUUUUUCUUUCAGCUAGGUAUGUUGGGUCAAAUCUGGAGCUUUGACAGGUAGCUUUUGUACCUCUAAAUCUUGUUUCCUUGUAUUUUUAAGUUUGGGAUGAAACUUGCUCUGGUACAUUUGACAUUGUGAUCAUUUAUCUUCUUUCAGUUAUAUAA